AUGGGAACACAAUUAGAAAUGUUGUUCUACUGCUUGCUUAUUGUUCCGGCUCUUACUCAAGAUCGUUACGUAGAUUGCAAUGGCGGAAGAAAAUUUGUAGCAAAAAAAUGGAUGGACGAUACCAAGGAUGCACUCCAGAAAGUCUGCAUGGAUGCAGGCUGGAAUAAAAUCAAUGAAAAUCUGACCUACAGUCCCAUUUUGGAUUGUAUUCUCCAGUUAGAGUGGGCAAAAGGGGAUAAAAGGGAUUACUAUCAUGUUCAGCAUUGGAAACCACACCAAGCAAUCACAGGAAAUAUCCCAAAAGAAAAUGCAUUGGAAUUGAUGAAGGAACUUCGAUGGCAAGCUCGCCGUUGGUUCAAAGAUCUUCUUUGCGCGUUUUUGAACUUUGGGCUGAAGAGCUCGGAGUUGGCACAGAGGAGGCGGAUAAGCCCUAAAGUCGGUACUAAUCGGAUCACAUUCGAUUUGCGAGGAGUAUUUCCGCCAAAAAGCGUAGUGAUACAUGGCAUCCCUGAACUCUCGGGUGAAAAACGUCCAUCUGAGAGACAGGUUGAUGUCGAAAUGAAGGUAACUGAGAUUCUAGACGUUCUGGGCGUCGAGGCGAGGCCGUCGGCGAUUUUUCGUAUGGGUAGAGCUACUGAGGGCAAACCUCGUUUGACCAAAGUAACGCUGCCCUCAAGAUCCCACUGCCUCGCUGUUCUGAGUAAAGCUCGGUUACUGAGGAACAACCACAAGUACAAGAAUAUCUUCAUUAGGCCCAGUCAGACGGUGGAAGAACGCAGGAGAGACUUUGAAUUGCGUAAGGAGGCUCGUGAGAAAAAUCAAGCGUUGAGUCAAAAAAAUAUACAUGGUAUACAGAGGUGA